GUAUCAGACUGGGUUGCUCUUUGGAUCCCACCUAAUACAAACUUCUACAAUCUACCUUAUCUGGGACAAACUAUUAUUGGAAAAUCUUACAAAUCUUCACUUUUCCUUGACAAAAUUUUAUUUCAACACUUCGUCCCGAUCAACUUAACAGCUGAUCCACAGUCUCCAUCCAAAAUACAAAAUACUUUUGUAGCCUGUACUGGUUAUACCUUCUACAAGGAAUCAUAA